UAAUUUGUUACCAGCAGUUGUUUAUUUUGUUUUGGUUAUCUCACUAUUUCAUUAUUGUUAUUUUUUCUUUUUUUCUGAACGCUAUGUAAUGCUUUCCUUAUUAAUUGUCAUGUCAAUUUUUCAUUGCCUUAUUUCCUUUUCCAAUAGCUAGUCUUUGGAUUCCUAAUACUACACUCAUCUAGUUCUUGAACAUGGCGUAUCUAGGUGUGUGAACCCACGCUCAAAGAAUUUUCAUAAUAGUACACCUAUUCUUUUGAAAUCCUGAAUACGCCAAUCUGUAUCAAUAGCAUAUGAGCAUUAGGUAAAAGAUUUGACUUAGAAGUAGUCAGAGACUUUACACUGCUAUUUGGAAAUUUAUGUCAUAGGCAUAUAAUGGAGUAUAUGAUUAUUUUCAGUAGUGUGAUAAGCAAUUUGUCUAAUACUAUGGUUGUUUUUGCCUCUUCAUCUUCACUCAAAUAUUACUACUACCUUGUUUUCCCUCUAACCAUCAUAAUCCCUUUUGUCACACCCCUAUCCUUCAAUUUUGAUACUUUUAGACCCAAUGAUCCUGAUAUAACAUAUGAGAAAGAUGCCCACGCAGAAAAUGGUGCAAUUCAACUCAUCUCAAACCAUAGCGUUCGGGGUCUAAAUGCAAGCGUAGGUCGCGCCACAUAUUCGCGACCAUUGCAUCUCUGGGACAAGGCCUCUGGAAAUGUCACAGAUUUUAGUACCAAUUUCACCUUUCGUAUAAGUUCACAAGGCAAAGGAGGAUAUGGCUUUGGCCUCGCUUUCUUCCUUGCACCUACAUUUACGACAAUUCCAGAGAACAUAACCAUGUUUAGCAACCUUGGUCUUAUGAGUGAUGACAUGCAGUCUAAUCGAUUUGUUGCUGUGGAGUUUGACACCUUUCAGAACCACCACUAUGACGAUCCAAUGGGUGAUCACGCCGGUAUUGAUAUCAACUCUAUGCAAUCUGUUGUUACAGAAGCCUGGUUUAGUGGCAUUUCAUAUGGUAGGAGUACUGAUGUUUGGAUUAGUUAUAAUUCCUAUUCAAAAAAUCUAAGUGUUGUUUUCACUGGUUUCCAAGGGAAUACCACUGUUGCGGUCCCGCAGAGCCUAUUUCACAAUCUUGAUCUGAGGGAAUACUUGCCUGAAUGGGUCACUUUUGGCUUCACGGGUGGAGCAGGCCGCAACUUUGCGCUACACACCAUCUAUUCUUGGAAUUUUACUAGUAGUACUUAUCCAGGGGUAGCCUCGCGAAAGCACGUGCCAAGGAAAGGUAAGUUGGGACUUGUAGUUGGAUUGGUUUGUGGUGGUUGUAGUGUUUUGGUUGCGCUAUCUGUGUUGAUGUUGUUUGCAUAUUGGAGAAAGAGGAAGGUGAGAAAAGAGGAACGCGAAUUUAUUUUAGGCGGUUCCAUGACCGAUGAAUUUGAAAGAAACACAGGACCAAAGAAGUUGUUGUAUAGUGAGUUGGCUAGAUGUACGAGUAACUUUUCGCAGGAAAAGAUGCUUGGGAGGGGUGGGUUCGGGGGUGUUUAUAAAGGAUAUCUCAGGGAAUCCAACUCGUAUGUUGCUGUUAAGAGGGUCUCAAGGGAGUCGAAGCAAGGAAUAAAAGAGUACGCAUCAGAAGUGAGGAUCAUCAGCCGGUUAAGGCAUAAACAUUUGGUGCAACUCAUUGGUUGGUGUCAUGAGAAAAGAGAACUACUACUUGUCUAUGACUUUAUCCCGAAUGGAAGCUUGGAUACCCAUCUUUUCAAUGGAAAAAGUCAUUUGGCAUGGUCAAUAAGAUUCAAGAUUGCUCAAGGCUUGGCCUCCACGUUGCUAUAUCUACACGAAGAAUGGGAACAAUGCGUGGUGCAUCGGGACAUAAAGUCGAGCAAUGUUAUGUUAGAUUCCGAUUUCAAUCCCAAACUCGGGGAUUUUGGUUUAGCCAGACUAGUUGACCAUGAUAAGGGAUUUCAAACAACAGAUUUGGCAGGUACAAGAGGCUACAUGGCCCCUGAAUGUUUCAUCACUGACAAAGCUACCAAGGAAACAGAUGUGUAUAGCUUUGGCGUUGUCGCGCUAGAAAUAGCUUGUGGAAGAAAACCUAUUGAUUGUAAAGCUGAAGAUCAUCAAGUAAACCUUGUUGAUUGGGUUUGGAGACUUUAUGGGAUGGGAAAUCUUUGUGAAGCUGUUGAUCCUAAACUCUCAUCAGAUUUCAAUGAACAGGAAAUGGAGCACUUGCUAAUUGUAGGCUUAUGGUGUGCUCAUCCAGAGAGAAAAUACAGGCCUUCUAUUAGGCAAGCAAUUCAUGUACUUAAUUUUGAAGCUUCAUUGCCCACCCUCCCACCUAAUGCCCAAAUCCAGCAUUCAGUGAAUAAAGACAACACUGAUUCUUCAUAUAACACAACAGCCUCUGCAGCAUCUUCAUCUUCAACAUCAAUUUUGUACCCACGUUAAUAUUUUCGUACAAAUACAUUGUCCUGUUGCCUCUUAUUAAUUAGCAGCUUCAACGCGAAUAAGUGUUGUUAGAUCAAUGAAGUUUUGAUGAUUGACAUGUAAAUGAAACAUGUUACUCAAGCUGGUCCAAUCACAUGAGGAAAGGGGCCAGAUCUCACUAGGAUAUGCAGACAAGUUCGCUUGAAGACAGGAAUGGAUAAGCUCUCUUGAUCACGUGCGAAAGAAGAAGAAGAUAAGCUGAAGAAAGAUUUUUAGUCAGUGAAGGAGAUUGGGUUGAAAAGGGACUUUGAAUAAACAACAAGAGUCCAAAGGAAGAUAGAAAACUGAUGACAUUGAAGGACUCUUUGCAGAGUUGUUUUUAUAUCGAGGGAGUGACUCAGUUAGUCACUUAUGCACUUACAAAGAAAGCAACACAUCGACAAAUUUUCUGUGCAAAUCACCAACUUGAAGAUAUCAUCAUUGAACCUGUUCCUAGUACCUAGAGUUAAGGAGUCCUAGACUUUAUGUAUUAGAUUGGUUUUUAGUUGUAUUGUCAGUUUAAUUCUAGUCUCAGUGGAUUAUAAACUGAGGUAGGAUUGUUGUCUUAAAGUUGGGGAACUUGAGCACUUGAGAACACUCACCUUAGGAAGGUUUAUGUUUUGUAGAAAUAGGAGUUACGGUUUAGUUCCUAGUUUACAAGAGUAUUGUAAUUUGUUGAUUGUUGAGGCUCAGUUGUUUCAGUGGAGUUGGAAUUAAAUCCGUAGAGGUACAGGUCGUGAUUUUUUAUACCUCUU